AUAAUGAAUCACAGCGGCUCUAAGGCACGAGAAGCAGGAACCGCGAGACUGAAUUGGAUAGUUUUGGAAAGGCGUUUUAUCUGUUAUUAUUGAGCUUUUUUUCCCGCGCCAGGAAUAAAAUUGAGCGGAGAUUAGGCUAACAGUAGCCUACUUUAUCUCCAGGAUCCUUUUUAAGGAGUCAUGGAUUAUCUUACUCGACAAACUUUCUUAAAACUAGCUUUUUUCAUCUUUACAGUUGUCAGGAGCAGCUGUGCCCUGUUGGAAAGAGCAGUAGAAGAUCCAGUGCAUCCAAAUCCUUUUGACUACAGUCCAGUUGAAGACAUUAAACUUUCCUUCUGUGACUUUGAAUCUCCAUGUUCUUGGACGUUAUCCAAUCACAGCACUGGAGGGGACUGGUAUGUUACAUCACCACAGCAACACAGAUCCAACAAAUGGGGUGUCCAGCCAAUCAAAGAUUAUUCCACUGGGAAAUCUGAAGGUCAUUUUCUGUUACUAAAGCCCACCUCAACUCAUUUUGCUGCUGGCAGAUGUACUUUCCACAUGACCAGUCCUGUAGUGCUCAGCAGUGGACCACUAUGUCAUCUUCGUCUCGCUCGUUUCCAACCAGAACCAUUCAGAGGAAACGUAUCUGCCUUUGUGAAGCAUACUGACAACUCCGUCAUCAAACCAAUAGCCCUUACAAUCAAGGAACAAGGAACUGGCAGGCAACAGUGGGAGGUGCUGGAGGCUGUGAUUGGUCAGUUAGAUGAGCCCUUCCAGGUGACAGUGCAGUACUCUUCCUGUAGCAGCCAUGACGUCGGUUUUCUGGCAUUUGAUUCACUGGAGCUGAAGGACUGUGCCAUGAUGGGAGAUGAUUAUUUGGAUUUGGGUUCAGAUUGUGAAAAAUACUCAUCACUUCAUUGUCCUUCUGGAGGCUGCAUUGAGAAACGAAGAGUGUGUGAUUUUCAUACUGACUGUCCACAAGGAGAAGAUGAGGGCUUAAUAUGCAACUCUUUACCUUUGGGUUCAUACUGUUCAUUUGAGAUGGACUCCUGUGGAUGGCCAGUGUCUUAUACACAGUCCUCUUGGAGACUAGUUAGUGGACAACAGCUGACUGAAGAUACAGAUCUACUGGGCACAACUCUGCAAAACACUCAAGGGCACUUUCUUUUCUUAAAGGUCAGAGGUGAUGGUGAUGAAAUUGAGGCGUUGGUUCAAAGCUCAGCUCUCCCUUCAACUAUAACGAAUCAGGACUGUCAGUUGCAGUUGUCUAUGUACCUGUAUGGGAACUUCAAUGGAACGGUGCUCCUGUCAGUGGAGGAGAACGGAAUUUCAGCACCUACGCUUUUGUGGAACAGAACCGGACACUGGAAGGACACUUGGCAAGAGCUCAUUCUGCCGAUUACAAAGGUCCUAAAUAGCUUCCAUCUUAAAGUGCGGGCUCUCUGGACUUCUGGAUCUAAGGCUGACAUUGCGCUCGAUGACAUUUCAUUAAGUGCUGCAUGUUUUGACACAGAACUAAACGAAUUGCUUCUUGGACAAGGACUACCGCAUAAUUUAGACCCCUUCAGCCCUCUCCCAGAACCCUCAGCUUCAGAAGCAUCCCUUAUAACAUGGUGGUUUACUUCCUGUGGAGCAAGCGGACCGCUAGGCCCGACUCAAGCACAAUGUGACGGCGCUUACCGUAACACCAACGUCAGCGUGGUGGUGGGGAAAGAGGGCCAUCUCAGAGGGGUUCAGAUGUGGAAGGUCCCAGCUACCAACAUGUACAAGAUUUCAGCUUAUGGAGCUGCUGGAGGCAAAGGAGCAAAGAACCAUAACAAGCGCUCACAUGGCAUCAUCAUCUCAGCUAUCUUCCCACUGGAGAAAGGGGACAUCCUCUACAUCCUGAUUGGUCACCAAGGAGAAGAUGCCUGUCCAGGAAGGAACCCCCUUACACACAAAAUCUGUCUGGGCGAGUCUUCUGUGAUUGAAGAUGGUUUUGACAGUGACGGUUCGGCCUUGAAGUGGGCGGGAGGCGGUGGUGGUGGUGGGGGAGCCACAUACAUAUAUCGGAUGGAGAACGGGGAACCAGUGCCUUUACUGAUUGCAGCAGGAGGGGGAGGAAAGGCCUACCUGGAGGACCCUGAAAGCAGCCUGGACCAGAUUUUCCUGGAACAAUAUGAGAACGACACCUCCGCCUCUGGUGUCAAUGGCAAAUCUGGAGCAGCAGGUGGAGGAGGUGGAUGGAGUGACUCAUCCUCUCUCCCCUGGGGAGGGAAAGCUCUUGUUGAAGGUGGUCAAGGAGGCUCAUCCUGUCCCGAGGCUCUGUCAGUGCUGAGAUGGGCUACAUUUGGGGGGUUUGGGGGAGGAGGGGGCGCUUGCACCUCUGGAGGGGGUGGUGGAGGAUACAGAGGUGGGGAUGCUCCCCUUCUUGAUGGCAUCACAGCAGAUGGACAAGAUGGUGUCUCUUUUGUUCACCCCAUGGGAAAGAUAUUUCUACAACCGCUGGCAGCCAUGGAGAGUCAUGGGGAAGCUGAGAUCGAGGUGUAUCUGAAUUGUAGCCAUUGUGAGACCCAGAGCUGUAAGCGUGAUGAAGAUAGCAGACUCAUCCUCUGCCAUUGUGACGGCGACGAGGUUCUUGCUCCAGACAACGUCACCUGCAUAGUUGUUCCAUUGGGCUCCCUGGCAGACGGACCCCCAUCCCUGAUAUUUAUCCUGGCAGUGAUCGCGUCCACAGUAGUUACGGGUGUCGUUCUCACAUGUGCCAGCCUCAUGCUCAUAUAUUAUCGUAAGAAGAACCACCUGCAUGCGGUCAGAAUUCGUCUGCAGAGCCCAGAGUACAAGCUUAGCAAAAUUCGCUCGUCCACCAUAAUGACCGACUACAACCCUAACUACUGCUUUGCUGGCAAGGCGGCCUCACUGAGUGAGCUUAAGGAGGUGCCACGUAAAAACAUCACCCUUCUCAGGGCGUUGGGACACGGUGCCUUUGGGGAAGUGUAUGAAGGACAGGUUUUGGGUAUGAAUGGAGAAAACACAGCCAUGCAGGUUGCUAUAAAGACUCUUCCAGAAAUCUGUUCUGAGCAGGAUGAGAUGGAUUUCCUAAUGGAAGCUUUGAUCAUGAGUAAGUUCAGCCAUCAGAACAUUGUGCGCUGUAUCGGAGUCAGUCUGCAGAUCCUGCCUCGCUUCAUACUGCUGGAGCUCAUGACAGGAGGAGACAUGAAGAGCUUCUUGAGACUAAACCGACCCAGAACUAACCAGCCAUCUUCUCUAAGUAUGCUGGAUCUUCUUCAGAUGGCCAGAGACAUUGCACUUGGCUGUCGCUACCUUGAAGAGAACCAUUUCAUUCACAGGGACAUUGCAGCACGAAACUGUCUUUUGACCUGUCCUGGUCCAGAGAGAGUGGCUAAAAUAGGAGAUUUUGGGAUGGCUCGAGAUAUCUACAGGGCGAGUUACUAUAGGAAGGGUGGCCGUGCCAUGUUGCCAGUGAAGUGGAUGCCACCUGAAGCCUUCCUAGAAGGCAUUUUUACAUGCAAGACUGAUACCUGGUCUUUCGGGGUACUACUGUGGGAGAUUUUCUCUCUUGGAUACAUGCCUUAUCCCUGCAAGACCAAUCAGGAAGUACUGGAGUUUGUAACAGGUGGAGGUCGUAUGGAUCCUCCUAAGAGCUGCCCAGGACCUGUUUAUCGGAUCAUGACUCAGUGUUGGCAACACUGCCCAGAACAUCGACCCAACUUUACUACUAUUUUAGAGAGGAUCAACUACUGUACACAGGACCCCGAUGUCAUUAACACCCCUCUCCCAGUGGAGUACGGUCCUGCUGUCGAAGAAGGCGGCACUGUGAUCCAUCCUGAAGGAUCAGGCAGUAUGACCCCUCUUCUAGUGGCCCACUCCAUGUCCCAGGAUGCUUCCCCUCGACCGGGCAUCACCGGUGCAUCCCCACAGGCCCUCAAACCCUGUUUGCAGCUACAAAGACCCCUCCAUAUUGCACAGGAGGUGGGCACAUACCGAGAAACAUUGGAGCCGUGUUGGGCUGAGCCUGUUCCUGCUUCUGGAGUCUGUCCAGGACAAUGGCUUCAAGUCCCAGAUCACCAGCCAUGCUCCAGGAGCAGUUCGUCGUCAGGCAGCCAGAAGCUAAAGAACAAGACUAAAAACCUUUGGAACCCCACCUACGGUUCUUGGGUCCUGGAGAGCUUUGGACGAGGGAAGACGGCCCUGUGCCAUACCCAGUCCAUGCCUCUGUCUUGCAACCCCACAUCCACGUCUGCCCCGUCCUCUACCUCAGAGCGCGUGGACCCUGGGGUGGUGUUUAACGCAAAUGUCUCAACGUCUCCACCUCCAACUGUCGUCUCCUCCCAGACCACACCCAGUCCCACAGGGCCUCCCUCUCGGAAGGGUCCAACAGGGGCUACGGGUGGCUCGCUCACUGCUGUUAUGGACUUGGCCAAACUCCAAAGCUUCCCAUGUGGCAAUGUAAACUAUGCGUAUGAUGAGCAGAGCUACGAGACUGAGAGUUUGCCUGUAGUUGUGCCCAAAUCUGUGGAACCCAGCACCAGCUCUGGAGCAACGUCUUCACUUGCUGCCCUUGGCCUGGCCACAACCCCUACCCACAAACCUCAGGUGAAGCGCCAUGCUAGCUACGGACACGAGGAUGUAAGGAGUUACACCCAGUCUGAGAAGCCAACGAGAGACCGGGAUUCUGGCUUUUCCUUGUCUGAAGACCUCAGUGUCACCCCGGUUUAGCACUGAAGAACGAUUCUUCUGAGGAAACACCUUUUUUCUGUUCUUUUUCUAAUUUUUAUUUGAUAAUGGCAGUGGAUUAGCUAGAGGGAGAAUGGCAGUUUAAGGCUGGAAUACACUGCACUGGAAUACAUAGUGUAGCGCUGAAUGAAUCACCGCUCGUAAUAAGUCUCUUCCAAACCAACCAUUUUUCUUUUGGUCAACGCAGAAAAUCUGUGUGAUCAGCUUGAAUAUGUUGUAAAAUCUGCUCUGCAUGGGGAAAUCUUUCAGCCGCACACAAAAUUCACUGUUGCUUGGAUUCCUGUUGAAAGGAGUGGAUUUUGGCCUACUUUGUGGCCGCACCUUGAGGACCAGACUUUCAAGUCAUACCGAACGCAACAAACUCAUGUAGAAACAUGCUCCUGCUUGCUAGGAAACUCAUGACAAAUUAAAACAAUGAGCUCAAAAUAUAAAACGAGUUUGAUAUCCACAAACUGGAUGGAAUUAUAUGCUAUUCACCUCAAUCUCAAUUCACCUACAUAAAAUAAAGUAGUAAUAUUUUAUUUUUAACAGAAUAGUAAGCUAGCUUUUGGGACGCAAGAUGUGUUCACACACCAUGUCGUAGUUACUGUAAUUGAGAUUUCAUAUUGUCCUUGUAGAGCUCGUAAUUACAAUUUGUAUGCUGGGAAUUUUCGGAGAGCUUCUGCUUCUACCACAUGACCCGCUGUAAUUUAGGGAUUGAUUGUGUUCAAACUGAAACGCAUUAUUCCCAGUACGAGGACGUGAACAGCUUCAAGUAGAACGUCAUGUGUAGUCAUCUCGAAAUUCCUGUAAUUGCAACAUGGCAUGAACGCAGAUAUACUUCGUGGCGUCUUUAAGGAACCACUCUCGCGCUUAGUUACGCGCAUCCUGUCACGGUUGAUAAAUAUAACGUGGAUGACAUUGAAUAAAUAUUUUUGUCGUCAGGUUAGAUACUGAAUAUUAUUCACUCAAGCCCCUUAACCGUAGGUCUUGCACAUCUGCCAUGUUUGUAGUUUUCUAUGGAGGACCAAAUUACUCAAAAUGAAAUAACUCCAUAAAUAAUGAAUUUAAUAAAACAGUGCUCGCCCGCUCUUUUAGUGGCGUUGGUUCCGGAAGUAUUUUUACCAUUUAUUUCUCCCAUAGGCAUUUCAAAAAGGUCUUUGUAAAGUAUUAUAAGCCAUGAACCAAGUCAACCAGCUAUGAGGUGAAUCAUAACAUUACAAACUUUGAUUUGAAGCAAAAACGUAAUUGAAAAUCGGGCAAAAAUGCAAAGGUACAACAAGACUGUGUACUUAACGGCUUUAGUAAGGGAAAAAAAACACAGUCCCAUGAUGCCUUGUGGACAGAAUAAUCAAUUUAAUAGAGAAAUAUAAAACUAUGCAUUAAAAAGUUUUAUAGAAAUAUGCAUAUAUAUAUAUAUAUCAAAAUAUUUAAAUAUUUUGAGUGUAGGGAAAUGUAAAGAGAUCUUUUGGCGCUUUUUACUUUCUUUCUAUUCUCCGAUUGGUGGUAUUUUCUAUAAAUAUAGUGUAAUAUAAUAGUGUAACCGAAUUUUCUGUACAGCAUUAUGGGUAAUGUAGUUUUCACCACAAUUUCAAAAGUUUUCUUAUUUUAAAACCAAGUUAAAAUAAUGGGGGCUGACGGCUUCAACAGAAGCAAAUGCUAUCGAUGAACAACCUCUUAGCUCACAGUAAGGCUGUUUUUAAAGGAUUAUAAGUUAUUGUUUAAAAUCAAUUUCCCUAUGGGGAAAAUGACUGGAGUUUUUACUUCUGGAACCAGACUGUUGCACUCUAUGGGUUGGGGUUAAUAUUAGCUGUUAAAGUGUGCACAGUUGCUACAAUUUGGGACAAACUAAUUCUAAUUUUUUAGGACGGAUAGUAUCUGAAUUGGGACGGAAGUUAAAUCUAGUCAUCAUUAUGCACAGAUUUUUCUGUGAAAUAUGUCAGCUCAAAUUUGCAGACUGGCUCUCGAUUUUGGCUACUAGUGUUGAAUCGUCCAGACAGUAAACCAACGCUAAAAAGCGAAAUUUGUGUAGUGUAUUCCAGCCUUUAGUUACUGCCAGUAGAUAAAUGUUGGUGCGAGAGACUACAUUAUUGUAUUGCGGUGCCAAAAACACUAAGGACAUGAGGAGUUGUACCUAAUUUGUCAUUAAGUGGUGGCUCUCCUACAAAUGGCUGAUGGUUUCUAUGGAAACUUCCACUUGGCUAAUAGCAGCCCUUUUACACUGGAUUCUCAUCUUCUGUCAAAACUGUGAAAACACAUGAUGUUCACGUGAAAUUUACUGAUUCGUCAUAAUUAGCAAUGCAUAUAUAUGGAGGUUUGAUGUCCUAGAUGAAUUCACAUUUUUAGCUGGUUUUAGGAGUGGAGGAAGAACCAAAACAUGUUCAGACCUCACACAAACAGAAUACUUUGACACAUAACGACCAGUCACAAAAACUAGUAACAUUUAACUGGGUUGUUAAAAGAAAUAGUUUGAAUGACUUUAAAAUAAACAUAAGAGCUUUAAAAAUUUUAAAGGGAUAGUUCACCCAAAAAUGAAAAUUCUGUCAUUAUUUACUCAUCUUGUAGUUUUUCUAAACUUGUAUGAAUUUUUUCUAAGAUGUUUUAAAAGAUGUCUCAGGCUGCGUCUGGAAUCGCGUUCUGUCUGAGGGUACUAGGUUUGAAUUUGAAUUUACUUUGCGACUGCUAAAAAAAAUUACUCUAUAAUAGUAGUGAAUAUGGGUGGUAGUGAAAAUUCUGACGUACUACAUCAUCCAUGUUGUUAAGGUCAUGUGACCUACCAGCAUCACUUCACUUCCAUUCACAAAACCUCUGGCCUUAUGGUAUACUGUAAAAAAGGUUGCUGUCUAAAAUGAAGUACAAUCAACUUGGAUGUUUAAGUCAUUAGAACUUAAAUUACAUUAAUUUGACUUAAAAUGAGUUGAAACUUGUAUAACUUCAGUAUAAUAAGUUAAGCAAUGUAAAAACAUGUUGUCAUAACUUUUUUUAGUGUAUUCACUUCAGUAUAUCACUUCAGACGUUUCGCCUACUGUUUAUGUAUUUGAACAUACUACUCUUUUCUUUUGGUGUACUGUUUUUCGCAUAUUAUAUAGUAGGGAAGUAUUCGAUUUCAAACAGCGUCAGUUUUUUUUUUUUUUUUUUAGACAGUGAAAGUCAAUAUGGUCCAAAGUGUUAAUGGAAUUGACUCUCAUUGUGUGUACAAAAACAAUACACCAUUUUGCCGACUGUGAUAUGUUAUGCAACCUUGGCAUUAAAUAAAAUAAAUAAAUUAACAGCUAUGAGGGUGUUUUCUAUUACAAUGGCAGAGGAAGUGAUGGUAAAUUUGACAUCUUUCUAUCUAUCGACUAAAAUUCUUUUGUUAUUGGACCGAAUGGGAGUGCAAAAAUCAUAUUUGCCUCGCCACUAUUGAAAUUUAUCCAACAAUGGCGAAGUUUACUUCUGAAAGCCUCUGAAAUGUGAAAAGGGUCAAUUAAAUAAGGGCUUAAAUCUUUUUUUGUGUUCAAAAGUCAGUCAUACAGAUUUGGAAUGACAUGAAGAUGAAUAAUAAUUGUAAUCUUUUGGGGUGAGCUGUCUCAUUAAAGCUUUUUAAGUACUAUCACCAAUAACUCAGAGGUACACUUUAAUGUCAGUGUUGCAGAAAUGCUGACAGAAAGCACCUUUAACUUUAAUCUCAGAUCAGGUGGACUUUACAGGGUUUUUUGACUGGAAAGUAGCAUUAGAGACUUUUUUUUUUUUUUUUUGUCUGCUGUUAGUUUUGAAAAACCAACACGUUUGCAAACAGUAUGUUGCCUUUAUAUUGAGGGUGUUUUUGUGUGAGAAACACUUAGAUAAUUGUGAGAUUUUUACAAAGGUGUUGCACCUGAAUGUGUUGGCAUGUGACGUGGCGGGAAAUUGCUUUGGAGAUUGUAUUGAUUUCCAUGUCAAUGCACUGUUGAAAGACAACCACUUUUGCAAUUUAUUUUCUUAGUACUUUUCCCUCAAAAAUAAAUAAGUAAAUAGAAGUGCUUUUUAUCUCCAAAUGUCCUUGUACUAGAUGUAAAGCUACCCUGUGUUAACUGUGACUUUGUAUACAUGCAGACAAAUGACAACUAACACAAUCACGAACCACAUAACACCUCAGUGUGCAUAAUGUGAUGCAUGAGAAGUUUGAUUUUUGAGUCUUGUUAAGUCUUAUUCCUAAUUUUUUUUAAAUGUUUUAUUAGAUAUUGUAGUUUGUUGGUGAAUAAUGUUUUAAUAUGGAAAGAUUCAUUUGUGUGUACUUUUUUUUUGUCAUUUUAGUCAGGGACUGCUGAGAGGAUCCUUAGAUGAGGCUAAAAAUGAAUUAGCACAAUCUUACAUUUAUUUUUGUCUUAUUUAUCCAUUUAAAAGUUCCAUAAUUUGACUGUGAUUUAAGGAUCUUAAAGUUCUUACUCUUUAGUUGGAAUAUAACCAGAUAGAAGGGUAGAAAAGUUAUACAUUAGCCAGAAAAAUGAGUGCUGUAUAAUUGAAUUAAUAUUCAUUUCACACUAAACUAACCCUUAUAUUAUGUAGCUGUAAUAUUUAAUCUCAGUUUUAUUGUUGUUUUCUUUAUUAUAAUUUUUGUUGGAUUAUGUUGAGGUUAUCACUGCCAAUCUUCUGCAUUUGUCUUUGCAGUGGCUCAUUUCUAACUAGCCAGAUUAGAAAUGUACCAUCACAUGAAGUGAAUUUUAACGUACAUGUACUACCUGUAUUUUUUUCUUCCAAAUAUGGACGUUGCUGCAUAAUAGCAAACUUUAAAUAAAUUGUUUUUGUCUAUAAUCCUGCUAUGAAGGACCAUCCUUAAAUGAAUUUGGGAAAUACAGAAUGAAUUUUGAGCAGAUGUUUUAUUUGUCAUAAACAUGCUGCACAGGGAACACUGUGAUGAAACUCACCUGCCCCCCUAAACAAAAUAGUGUCACAACGUUAAGUUUGUCUGAUAAUGAAACACUUUCAGUGGUGUGCAGGUAUAGAAAAUCACAACCCAGGUUCUUAAACAUAAAACCAAUACUAUAUAUCCACGCAAUCAUCCAAAUAAUCUAUUACACCACCCUUGAUUGAUCACUGAAGUCAAAACGAUUAAUAUCAUAUUGUAUAUAAAUGCACUAUUGUGCAUUAUUCACAUUGCAUCACUGUAUGCGUUCCCUGUAUCUGUGAACUAUUGCGUUCCACAAAUCUGUUCUACUGUAUGUUAGUUUGAUGG